CAGUAGCUGCGGUGCGGGGGUUGUCAAGGGGAGGGGGGCGGAGCUUCUCGGGUUUUGCUUGCGGAUGGGUGGCUUGCCAACGUGGUGAUCUGUUGCUCGCUCCUUGACACCAUUUGCCUCUCUUUGUUAUCCCCGCCAGCGCCUCCCGUGGCAUGCGUUUCUGGCUGCGUGGGCAGGAAGUGGGUUUGGUUUUGGUUUUGAUGGUAUUUUUUAGUUUUUCUUUUUCACUGUCACGCAGCACCGAGCGCGUUGGUGUCAAGGGCCACGGUGCGGACGAAGAGCGUGGCGCUGCUGUAGUUGGGUGUGGGUGCUGGAAUCAAAGCCUGACAGAGAACGACGGAGCUUGGAAUGACUUUUUGCUGAGGUGCGCGACAUGACGAGGGUCUCGUCUGGAGUUGGACAAUCUGAAGGUCAUAGGACGAAGCACUGUUCGAAAACAAUAGCAUUUUGAAUCCGCUGCUGAGAUAAGGAUGUGGCGCCUGAACAAGAACGAUUUAGCUCGGAAGAGAGUAGGAUUGUGCAGUUCCUAUAAAGAAGCAAAUCUAAUUGGCUGUCCCAUUUCAAGUAGAAUAGUUGAGACGUGACGAAUGAGCUGCUAGAUUGGCAAUUUCGCGGACCAAAAAUGCUGGAGUCGCAGCAGAACAUUGACCAAGAGAUUGAAGAGGGCACUCUUGGGAAAAAUCUAGAGCGGUUGGUGAAUCACUCGAAGAAAUAUGUUGGCAGAAAUUUCAGCGACAUGAAUUUCUCCAGGCAUGCAGACGAACAGAGUGAGAAGAGUGCAAGAGACCGGGACCUGUCGGCCAAUUCAGGGCGUUCCUUUCACGACACUGGGAUACGGAUUAGCUCAGGCACGUUCGAAUGUUGUGUAGACUUAGGCAGGGCGCUCUUCGUACAACCAUGGAGACAACGGCCACGGGAUGCGGACACAACCCACAGGUGCCUUGGUCGCAAUUUCGCGACUGUGAUAUUGAUUGUGUUGAGUGGGAUCAUCACAUGGGAAAGCUCCGUAGCCGAGCUCCAGCUCCGUAUCGACCGAACCAUCAUCUUCCCCCUCUAUCUCCCACACUCAAUUUCGCUUGCCGCGGCGUGUGUGUGGACAAACGCUGUUGCUCCAGGUAACCUAGUGGGGUUAUAUUCGGUUAGGAUUUACAUGGUAUGGCGGGGGAACUUAGGUUUUACCGUUACGAACACGUUGGUGAUGCUCUUGGUUGCGUUCUUGGCCACGAUUCAAAGCCACAUCGGCGCAUUCUUUUUGCGGAAGUUGCUCUGCGGGGGUGGGACGAAGAAGAUUCCAACGAUUGACUCCGUGAAGGAAGCAGUUUGGUAUUUGGUCAUCGUCUUUCUUCUCUCCUUGAUUUUUAAUCUUGUGAUCGCUGUGUGCACUGCCAUAUCCCCGUUGAUUCAAUGGUCAAGCUUCUGGCGUUACUGGGCGACCUGGUGGCUGGGUAUUUUGGCCACCAUGAUUACUGUAACGCCGCUGUGCACGCAUCUGUUGGCUUGGGAGUACCGAACGCACUUGAAAAACCCUUGCAAGCUGUUGGAGUGUGCGUUAGUCAUAAUGGUCACAUCCGCCGUUAUGGUGAUUGUGUUCUUCCUUAACUUGGAGGACUUCCGACCGCUGCCAUAUCUGUGCUUCCCUCUAAUCACUUGGAUGGCGUUCCGGUUCAAUACAGUGGGUUGGGCUGUCACCGUUAGCAUUAUCGCGUAUUGCGGCGCCUUGGGCACCAUCCGCAAGCGAGGUGCGAUCUACAACUUAACGGCGAGGAUGCCCGUUUCUUCUCCGCAGGUUAUUUUACAGAUUGAACUUUUCAGCUGUGUGAUGGGAGUAGUGGGUAUAAUCCUGGCCGCCGCAGUAAGAGAGAAGAAGCAUCUCACUCAGAAGUUACACCAAUUGAACGUGGAGCUGGAGCACACGGUGGACACGAGAACGAUGGAGCUUCGUAAAACCAACGAAGAGCUUCAAAUUUCCCAGCAGAAAGCUGAACAGGCCAGCCAUGCUAAGUCAGAUUUUCUUGCGAAUAUGAGUCAUGAGAUUAGGACGCCAAUCCACGGUAUUUUAGGGUUGACAGCGUUGCUCAUGGAGAGCGAGCUUACAACUGACCAGAAGGAGAGCCUAGAGUCUGUUAAAGAAUGCGCGGAUCUUCUCCUGCAUAUCAUCAACAGCGUCCUGGACCUUGCAAAAAUCGAGGCAGGGCGCUUGGAGGUUGAGAAAGUAUCGUUUAAUAUUCGGAAAAUGGUCUCAAGCACGCUGCGCAUGUUGCAAGCGCGUGCUCAACAGCGGGGAUUGCAGCUGUUGUGGGAGGUUGACAAGGCUGUGCCGCAGAUGUUGGUGGGCGAUGUCGGGAAGCUUCAGCAAUGCUUAAUUAACCUAGUUGGCAAUGCGCUGAAAUUCACGCACAAAGGCUCUGUGACUGUAAGCGUAAAAGUUGCAGCUGAGGGAACAGUCAUGCCUCUGGUCACAGAUGUCGGUGACUCAGGGCUUGGUAAUAGAGUGACCAGCUCAUCUGGAGAUUUGUCCUUGGAGAACCCUCAAUGCUUCUUGGUCAGCAACCUCCUUGAGUUUGAGGUUCGCGACACUGGGAUUGGAAUCAGUCAGGAGAAGCUGCAAGACAUGUUUAAGCCAUUCACACAAGCUGACGCAUCCACCUCCCGUCUUUAUGGUGGCACUGGACUUGGUCUCUGCAUAGUUCAUAGAUUCGUAGAGCUCUUGGGAGGUACUAUAUGGGCUGAAAGUGAAAUGGGAAAGGGGAGUGCUUUCCACUUUCGCCUGCCUUUAUUUCUCCACGUUCCCCAAGAAAGCCCUUCAGAGAGUCCAAAAUUUAAUGCAGAAAAAUUCCAGAGUCGUCAAUCUUGGAGCCUGAUGGGAGGAUUGAUUUUCAAUCCACCUGGAAAGUAUCAGGGCCAGGAAGAUCAGCGGAUCAGCCUAGGAAAAACACUGUCAGAUCCUGCCAACAGGAGGAACCCUUACAAAUGGGACCCCGUAAGCAGUGACCGACGCGCAAGCAGUGAAGUCACACGGCUCGGAAAUUUGGGGUCCAGAAUAGGUUCCAGUAACAUUAGCACCCAGAGUAGCCUUGACCAUCAAUUGAACUUAGUCCAGCCACAGAACUUCGUGUCGGCUUCUUCAGAGGCGUCCUCUACUCUCUCAGAUUGGGAAGCAGGGUCUAGUACUCUUAAUUUCUUGAAGCCAGAUGAAUGUCCUAUGGAUUCCGCCACUUCACAAGGAGAUCAAGCCCCUUUAGGGGCGGUGUUGGAACGUGAAAGAGGAAAUGUGGUUGGGUCAGCAUCGUUGAGGUCAGGCCUUAGCAGAGAGUCCUCGGUUGAGUUGGGCAAGAUAUUAGACAGCAAGGUUAGUUUAAGUAUACUUUUGGCAGAAGAUAAUGCCAUCAACCAGAAGGUCGCGAGCAGACAGCUUGAGAAGCACGGACAUGUUGUCACGAUUGUGGGCGAUGGGCAGCAAGCCGUAGACGUAAUCUGCAGUCGGCACGAUGAAUUUGACCUUGUGCUAAUGGACGUCCAGAUGCCAGUGAUGGAUGGAUUAACGGCUACGCAGACUUUACGAAAAGCUGAGAGACAGAACAAUUGGAUGCGGUUACCAGUCCUGGGGCUCACUGCGCACGCCAUUCAAGGCUACCAAGACACAUGCCUGAAACAUGGAAUGGAUGGCUACCUCGGAAAACCUUUUGAUAUUCAUCAACUACUUAAAACGAUCGGUCAUUUGUUGCCCUCAGAUAAGCUUGAAUGACGGCUAGAAUCUGUUCUUUUAUUGUACAUUUUUGCUGGUUGGAAAAACCAGUAAAUUAUUCAUUCUUUUCCCAGGACUUUGAUCUUGUGGUUGGUUAAGAACCUUGGCCAUGAUCGACGCGGGUUUUCACUUUUUAAACUAUCACCUUUCUCUGUUUCCUGUCAAAA